CUCCGAUUCACUUUUGGAGGAUCCAAGCCGCCGAUCGGAUCAGACCUGACAGCUGUGCAGAGCCUGUGAGGACAGGAUGUCAGGCCAGGUGGCCAUGUGUGACAGGAGUUCUAGACGGGUCAUCCCGGAACCUGAGGCCAGGGGCACAGAGAAACCCCCACCAGCGCGGCUGUCCCGGGUGAACGGCUGGUCUCUGCCCCUGCACGUGUUCCAGGGCGUCGCCUGGAUCACCUUCACACUCAUGGCCGUGGCCUGCUUUGGCAUUUUUAUCCCUUUGUUGUCACAGAGCUGGAAGUACACGGCCUACUGCGUGGCCGGUGGGAUCUUCCUGGUCCACCUCGUGGCCCACCUGAUGGCAGUGUCCAUCGACCCUGCGGAACUGAACGUGCGACUCCGGGGCUAUUUGAAGCCACUGCCAGUUUUUGACCGCUCUAAGCACGAUCAUGUGAUCGAGGACCUGUACUGUCAUCUGUGCCAGAUCAAAGUGAACAAGCACACUAAGCACUGUAGGACCUGCAACAAGUGCGUCGCAGGGUUUGACCAUCACUGCGAUUGGCUUAACAACUGCGUGGGCAGUAGAAAUUACUGGUACUUUUUCUGCUCUGUGUUGUCCGCCUUGGCCGCCCUGCUCUUCCUCAUGGUCAUCAUGCUGUACAUCUUUACAAAGCAGAUCAUGGACCCCAGGAGUCUCCGCACUGACCGCCAUUACAAAGAGGUAGAGGACGGCACGUGGCUGCUUUUCCUCCCUGUGUCUCCCGUGCGUGUGAAGACCCCAGUGAUGCUGUGCAUCGGGGUGGCUGUGCUGCUGCUGAGCCUCAGCAUCAUCUCGGCACUGGGGCGCCUGUUCGUCUUCCACGUCUACCUGAUUGCAAAGAAGAUGAGCACGCGUGACUUCAUAGCACAGGGCCAGCUGCCACAGUGUCCCAAGGCAGCAUGCAGGAGCAAUCCGGCUGUGGACCUGGAGGCGGGGCCUGAGCAGAUCCAGGCCCAGGCCACUGCAGCCACCGAUCUCCUGGAGCUCCACUUCCAGCAGCAGCACAGAGAGCUCCUUGUGCCUAAAGCUCACGUGUGCUUUCCUUCCCCGUCCCAUCUCAGCAGUGUGCGGCGCAAGGAGUUCCGGCUGCCUCCCAAGACCCCAGGCCAGCACUCCCCGGCCACCAGGGGCCCCAAGCUGUCCUCCCUGAUCAGGCCUGACGGCCCCAGGACCACGUUCCGUGGAUCCACGCCCAGGCCGCUGCAGCCACCGAUCUCCUGGAGCUCCACUUCCAGCAGCAGCACAGAGAGUUCCUCGUGCCUGAAGGCCCCAGACCACGACGAGCAAGACCCAGGACGGCCCACCGCGGAAGGCCGCGCUGAGAAGGAAGGGCUGGCUUCAGAUUGGGACGAGCACCAGAUAACACUGAAAUUAAAAAUGCUUGAUGGACAGAGUCCCGGAGCGGAUUGGAUCGGCACAAGAACUGGAGAAAUGCAAGCUGAGGAGGGGACCGAGGGCCCGGCUUGA